CCAUGCAUCCAUCCCCAUCGCCUCCCGCCGCCGCCAUGGCCACGCCGAGCAACGCCGCCCCAGGUGCUGCCUCGAGCUACGAGCAAUGGAGAAGAGCUGAAGAAGACGGCAACAACGACCUGGAGUGCGGGGCAGUGCCGAUGGCGAACGUUUUUCUCGCGCUCGGGUCGUCGCCGCGGGGCUUGUCCUCGGCCGCCGCCGCCUCCCGCCUUGCGGCCACGGGCACUGGCCAGACCCGGACGUGGAAGCAGAGCAGGCUCCUGAAGCUGGUGCCUUUGGCCGUGGAGACUGCCGCAGCCGUGGCCAUGGCCAUCGGCCUCGUCAGGGGAGGCGGGUACAAGGCCGCCGACGCCAGCAUCGCCGCUCUGGUCGCCGCCGAUUUCAUCACGGGCUUCGCCGAGAGGAGCAGCGCAGAGGGUGCCGCCGCGCCAGCGCUUCUAUCCCGUCUAGCGCCGCCCUCCCGGCGGACCUGGGUGCGGAGGGACGGCGUGUGGUCGGAGCAGGAGGCGGCGGAGCUCGUGCCGGGGGACGUCAUCCGCAUGGCGCCCCGCGACGCCGUCCCGGCUGACGCAAUAUUGCUGGUGGUGGACAAUGGCUACUCGCCGCAGCAGAUCAGGAUCGACCAGUCUGCACUCACCGGCGACCCUGCCCCGGCCGCCAAGCUGCCCGGCGACGACGUGUACGCCGGCUCCGCGUGCGCCAACGGCGAGGCCGAGGCCGUCGUCGUCACCACCCGGGCCCAAACCCACCUCCAACAGGCCGUCCUGCUCAACGACGCCACCAUGUACAACAUAGUCGUCUGGAUGUGUGGCCCGGUCUGGAACGUGUUUGUCGUCGCCGUGUGCUUCAAUUUUGUGGUCGAUGUCGUCGCCGGUAAGGUCAGCCACAACCUCGGCGGCGAAAUCGUCGCCAUGGUUUUUAUCGCGUUCUUGUUCGCAAUUUCCGGCUGUUUUCUGUCCAAGCUCUCGGAGUCGGACUCGCGGCGGUGCCGGCGUAGGCCGGAGCGCGAUCCGGAGGAGCUCAUGCGCAGGCUCGAGGUGCUUUGGGAGAACGGAAGCAUCUCGGAAGAGACGCUCCGAAGGUGCCGUGAUCUGUUUGGGGUAGAGCCGGUCUCCGCCGAGCUGGUCACGACGCUGGCGGAGCACUUCGGGUGGCGAGCGAUGGGCCAUGAGGAUGGAGAAGAUGAAGAUGACCGGGCGGCUUGAGCACCCAACAGUGGCGUUUUGUUUUGUUUCAUCUUGGCACGGCAUUACUGAAACUUUUUGUUAUUUCUACUCAUCUGGUUUGCAACUUGAAAUGAUUCGCCCAAGCAUGAUAGCAGUGGCAAAUUCAUUUCAGCAAAUACAGUGGAUAUUUCUUUUGAUAAACAAGUUACCUCCUACGCCAAUUUGU